UAAUGCCAAUAUAUCCAACUGCUCCUUUAACAAGUUCUGUUCCUGCUAACUUAAAUUAUUCAACACCUUAUACAUAUGCUUAACCUUUAACAUAUGCUUAACCUGUUUAAUAUGUACCACAACCUGUCCAAUAUGUUCAAUAACCUGUUAUGACUUAAUCAGUUGUAGCUUAACCUGUAGUAACAUAACCUGUUAUUGCUGCUCCAUAAUAACCAACAAUCAAAGGAGAAUCAAGAGUAGAAUAUAGAGAAUUCUAAAGACCUGUUGUAGAAAUGGAAACAGAAACAAUUUAAGUACAAGUGCCAAAAACUAAAUAUGUGACUGAUUAUUAUCCAGUUGAAUAUUAAACAGAAUAUAUUCCUAGAACUGUUUAUGAAUAAUAAACUGAAUAUGUACCAGUCACUAAAACAGUCCCAAGAGUUGAAUAUGAUGCAGUUGAGAGAGAAGUUCAAAGAGUGGUAAAUCAUUAUUUAUGAAUAUAUAAUAGUAAUAUUAACCUGUUUAAACAGUGCCAGUAUAAACUGUGGCAGUCUAACCAGUCGUUUAAUCUGUUGUUCAACCUGUUUAACCAUUAACUUAUUCAAUAGCUAGACCUGUUGCUUAAGCACCUGUUUAUACUCAACCAGUUAUUGCUCCAGCUUUAACAUAUUCAGGUGUUAGACAUGCUUAUGCUCCAGUAAAGAUUUAAUAUAUCAUUAUUUUAGAGUUACCCUGGUGUUCCAACCUAUGGUCAAUUACCGUAAACAGUCAGAUCAUAACCAUAACCAAACCCUUCAAAUAAACCAUAAUGA